AUGAAGCUAUGGGGCCUUUCAAGAUUCAGUGACUCAUCUGUCCAAAGCCACAUGAAGCUAUGGCCUUUCAAGAUCAUCCCUGGUCAUGCCGACAAACCCGUGAUCGUCAUCAACUACAAAGGCGAAGAGAAACAGUUCGCCGCUGAGGAGAUCUCUUCCAUGGUUCUCAUCAAGAUGCGUGAGAUCGCUGAAGCUUACCUUGGUAUCACCAUAAAGAACGCUGUGGUCACUGUUCCCGCUUACUUCAACGACUCUCAGCGUCAAGCAACCAAGACGCUGGUGUCAUCGCUGUGUAGGAUUUAUGGGAAGGAUGAUGAAACGGUGAUGAUACCUCCGUUUAAGGCGAAGCAGGUGGAUCCUACGGGGGCUGGAGAUAGCUUUCUCGGAGGUUUGGUGGUUGGUCUUGUGGAGGGUUUGGAUGUUCCUGAUGCUGCAUUGUUAGGGAACCUCUUUGGCUCUAUAACUGUUGAGCAUUUUGGUCAGCCCAAGUUCGAUUUGAUGAUGCUUCAGGAAUCAAGAUACGGGAUAGUAGCAGUUGCAUCUUGUAGCUUACUUAUGGUAAAGGAUGAGGUGCAUAGAAGGAAGAAGCAAUGUAAUGGUCACUCAUCUGAUCAUGACGACUUUCAUUCGCGUCUAACUCCAGCCCGGUUUCAAGACUCUUUACUUCAACCAAAGUUACUGCUCAAUGGUCACUCAUGUGACCGCCGGUGA